UGUCAUUUCUGCUUGCAAUAUUUAGCAGAGGAGAUAUGGCCAUGAGGGCAAUUUCGUUGUGCCUAGUCGUCGGCUUACUAGCCGCUGCAGCACCUGCGAGUGCAACCAGCUUUGAUUUCUAUUACCUCAUUCUAAAGUGGCCUGGAGCAUACUGCACGGACAGCGAUUACGGAUGCUGCGUGCCCAAGUACGGCUACCCGGCGGAGGAUUUCUUCGUCCAGAGCUUCAUGACCUUCGACUUGUCGCUGAACAAAGCCAUUGUGAGAUGCAAUAGCGACAAACCUUUCGACAUUAACAAGCUCGAGCCAAUCGAGAACAACUUGAACCACUACUGGAGCAACAUCCAUUGCCCGCGCAAUGACGGGACGAGCACCUGGAAGAGCGAAUGGCGCAGCUACGGCGUCUGCUCGGGCCUCAAGGAGGUGGACUACUUCAGGGCCGCCCUCAACCUCCGCAAGAACGCCGACGUCCUCGGGGCUCUCGCCGAGCAGGGCAUCAACCCGGACUACAGGUUGUAUAGCACGGAGCGCAUCAAGUGGGCGGUGAACCAGAAGCUGGGAGUAAUGCCGGGGGUGCAGUGCAGGGACGGUCCGUUCGGCAAGAAGCAGCUCUACCAGAUCUACCUCUGCGUUGACAAGGACGGCCAGACCUUCAUCGACUGCCCCAAGCUGCCCAAGUUGCACUGCCCCGUGGAGGUCCUCUUCCACCCCUUCCACACCUGGAUGCUCAACGCCACAUCGUCCGCCAAGAUCACCUUGCCCACCGAGGCCUAAGAGCCACCCGCUCGGCCCGUGCCUCAACUGAAUCUACCUGCUACUGUGGCCUGAACUCUGGACCAUUAUAUUGUGCUAUGUCUUUCCUAUAUGCAUGGUCACCUAAAAUAUAUAUGUAAAAUAUCAUACGUGAAGUAUUUGAAUAAACAGUUCUAUUAUGUCUGGUGUUUAA